CUAUGUGUUUACUGAUUCGCCCACUCACUUUCUCAGUCAUUCUUCUCUUUAAGAUUUGUUCAUAUACUUCUCAUUACGCUGCCGUAGCACAUAAGGUACCUUCAAGUUAGACGAAAAUCAAUCAAAGGUUGAACAUUACAUGGUUGACCUUCAACUUUCACUAUACCGUUCAUUGCUCGGGUAAGUAACAUGUAGAGGAGUUAAAUUUAGUAGGUGAUAUUUGUGUGGCCAAGGAUUUCGUUGAGUCGUUUGCCAAACCUGUUAGUAGUCGUACUAGUAAUUUGUGUGAUGAAACAAUUAUAACUCGACUUGAAAACUUUCGGGGAACGUAGGUUCCCUCCCGAGCUCCGAAAUUUUGGGGAAAUCCCCAAAGUGAAAUAGCCUUCCCCCAAGUUUGGGGAAAUUUAGAGGUUUUUGUGCCAUUUCACCACAAUUUACUAUAGCGGCUCCCCCAAAAUGUGCCAAAUUUUCCCCAAAAUUGGCAGCUUGGGUUGUUUGCGACAUAAAUACCUUUUUACGUGAGACCAGUCGCAGACGUGACUGACAGUAUUGCUCCGCAAUAAACAAUUAUGUAAACGAUUCUUAGAGGACAGCAUAUGAAACAUCAAUUACGGUUUAUUCACGUUGUCGAAGUAGUCUUGUAAACGCUAUAUUUGUGCAUCUCUAUAGUUACAAUAAUUGUUAUGAAUAAUAUUGUGUGUUAAGUUGAAAUAAAGACAUAAAUAUCUUGUGAAUAAUUUUUCUCUACAUAUUGUUUAUUUUUGGAGGUAAAUUUUCGUCUAUUUCUUGCGGUUGUUCCAACUUUCGUCCAGUGUUCAGAAAAAAACUAGAACGCUACUCUCAAAUGCAAUCACUAGGAAAGUAAUUUAAGUGAUGUUCUGAUUAUAUGACGAUGGAGAAGUCCCUAGUGUAAUGACAAUCAUAAAACCUGAGUAUCACGCUUUGUUGACGGAAUGCACCCAAAAUCAGCCUAUAGGAACAUAUGAAAUUCAUCUGUGCUACGAAAGGCUAUGUGACAAUGUGUAUGAAACUAAUAGCUUACAGUGGCGUCAGUGGGUGUUUGUAAAGCCAGCUGGGUAGUAAAACUAAACAAUAAAUAAUAUUUCCAAUAUAGACCAAUGAAAAAGCUUAUGAAGAUAUACAUAUAUGCUUUAAUAAAUUUCAACUAUUACGGCACAAUUUUUUGGAUCGCAAUUCGCGCUUAUAUACUUUAUCUCUUACGUCGUACAAAAAAUCCUGGCUCACACUAUCCACCACUUUUUAUGUUUCUUUUCAGGAUGGGUAGCACUUUUAAACCGUGAAGAGAGAAUACCUAACCAGAUAUGUUCACUACUAUCUUGACUUGUUGUGAAUCGCUCUGUAGAAUUUGUAACUACUUAUAGCCGUUUUGCUUUAAGCUCUACGUAGUUUAUAAGCUAUUAGCAGUUCUGACUUCAACACGUAAGCUAAAGUUGCCUUCAUAGACUUACGAAAACUACUACCAAUGAUCUUCAACAACUUUGUCACCUGAAUCUGUAAAAACAGUGGUUGCAACUUACGAACUGAUUACGAAACUUUUGUUCCUACAAUGCAGCUUUUAAAGUGCUAAGUUCGUGUUUUUAAUGAAAAUCGCAAAAAUGGGAUUUAUAUUGCAAGUAUUUCUGUCUUUCAUAAUGUUAGAUGAACUUCGAAUGUACGAAUUCAUCUUAUUGAUCUUACUCGACAGAUCACUAAUUGCUUUAAAAAAUGGUGGACAUAUAGUAGUACGAGCGUGAGACCUACCGGCAUAAAAGUGAAUGAAUAAAAUCUAUUCGGUAACAACUCUGAGAAAUUUAGUUGGAAGUGGUGGCUGUUUUGGGAGAACUGUUUUAUAAGCAUCUAUUUAGUGUAUACUGAACUAUUGGUGCGAAGUUACCAGUCAACAUGUUGACAACCGUAAACUAAACUGGUAUGCAUACAGCAUCCAUCUCAGCAGCUUCUAGCUUUUCCGAGGUGUGUAAACAGUCGUAUUUUUGUUUUGCUGCUCUGUCGACUCUUCUUUAUUGCACAUAAUUACGUCCUAGGUUUUUCCGGUAGACUUGACAGCGUACCUUUUGGCUAUGUUACUUGUUUAUUUAAAAAAACACUAGUAGAAGGAGGCACCAAGUAUAUAUGCACCACUUCGUCAUCCGAAUUGUAUGAGGGUUAAAAUACUUCCCGGGCGCCCAAGCCGAAGCAAGUAGUUUUUGUAGGCAGUCACUCCCCGAGCCUUCGACCUAGAGGUCUAAUCCACAAGGCAGUGGAGCAACGUUGGGAGAUGCAGUCCCGUGGUAGCCGGUGACCGAAAAAUAAGUUCAUGCGUCAUUUUUUACCCUAGGGUCCUGGAGCCCAUGUUCACCAUUGGUUUGCCAUCAUGGUUUUCCAACUCCCUCAGGUGGAUCCUCCAUAUCUACCAAUCCGGUUAAAGUGCCGGAUGUUCGGUUUUCGUCUUCUCAAUUUCGUAAAAACCACCCCUGUCGCGAGAAGGCAGUGAGUAUGACUUCCCUGGCAGUGGCUGUAUACGCGUGGUCAUGUGAAAGCAUUUUAAAAAGGAGAGUGGACUCUUCUCGCCGUCGACCGUACCAAGGCAUUUGGGGGCCAUAGUAAUCCACGUACACUCGUGGCUACCUACUGAACAUUUAAAAAUACCUAUGCUUCCAGAAGCGAAUGAUUCAGUGAUCAGAAGUGUUAGUGUAAGGUCGAAACAUAUUUCUGCCUCCCUCUUUUGUUUGGUAGACAAAAUCAGGCUUGCCAUUUGAUAUAAUUAUUUUAUUUGGUCCAGUAGUAAAAAACAUCGAGUCUCUGCAUUCUGUAACUCCAGAAUUUACUCUAUCACCACAUCCCAUCUGGUGUGACUAAGACUUGUAAAUUAUGAUUUCCCCAAAAUUGACGAAAUUUUCCCUAAAGUUGGGAGUUUAAAUAUGAUUAUGGUGAACAGAAAUCCGAAAAAAAGAGUUACCAGUAACUUUGUGGUUUAUUAAGAAAAUGAUUAAGAAGUAAUAAGAUCCCAUUAUUAACGAGAUGAAAAAUUACACCUUUACCAUGUAGGUCAAACUUGACUCUAUGGAAGCACACUGCCUUGGAAAAGUUGAUGUAUGUAUAAUAAUCAGUUUAUUAGAUUCUUAAUACAGCAUGAGCAAUUACACAAACUCGGAGUUACUAUUUUGCGUCGUCAUUGCGGGCCUUUAAGGUUGCUAAGUAGAUUCUAAAAUUGAAUAAAAGCUCUUGUAGUGACGUAUUUCAAUAUGUUUAUAUUUAAUGCAUGACAAUAUAAAGUGAGACCUACAGCAAUAUUUGCUGAAAUAGUUCCGUGUAUCUAUAGAAUGGAAAUGGAAAUUUAUUUCCGAAAGAUGUUACGUACAUGGUCCUCCCAUCUAUGAUAACGCUUAUUUAGCUUAUCUCAAAUGUCAUGGAAAAUACUUAGUGUUAUGAUGUCAAACUUUUUCAGAAUCUUUUUUAUAACACUGGGUGAUAAAAAUGCUAAAGAAUUACGGAAUAAAUAAACGUACCUACAAAUUUAUCCCUCAAAUCUUGUUAAAGACGUUUCAAAUGCCCCUAAUUACUCUUCAGUUGACAGAAGGAACUAUAAACUCGAUAAUCCGAUGAUGAACUUUUGGGAACAAACAUCACGUCCGUCCGAUUUUCAGCUUGAAAUAAUUUGCAGGACAUUAACGAUUGAAUCGGACACGGCGAAAACUAGUUUUCGUAAAACUGCAUGUCCUUUUGCAAAUGUAUGACACCGACGUAAAUUCCAAGUAUAACUUACUCGUCCUCUAUGUCACUACUGACAGGCACUGAGACAGAAGAUGAAGGUAACAAUCCAACCUUUGUUGAUUUUACUUAUAUACGUUCAUAGGUAUGAUAAGCUUGCUUUGUGAUAAGGGAGUCAAACUCAUUGACUAGGAAGCCAAAAGUAGAUUCCAGAAACAACUGAGGUCACUCUGGUAGUUCUGAGAACUAGGCUGACUCAGAUAUUGCUUGUAAAGAUAUACAAACAUCUGUGGAAACAGCAGUGACAUCUAUUACUGAUUUGAACCAAAUGGUCACAAAAAACCAGCGGAUUUUCGCUAAGUCUAUUGCACUGAUAAAUUCUCGUAAACUCAUCCCAUCAGGCUCGAUGAGAGCGAAAACAAGUCAGAUAUGAGUUAAACAAAAAUCUAAAGAAUGAUUGUGAGCAGUAAUGAGUAACGAAGCAAAAUAGAUGGAAAAGGCAGCAGCUGUAGGUAAUACAAGGCAGCUCUUCAGACUAAUAAAAGAAACUGGAAUUUAGAAGUCACGUGUGAGGGGAUCUCGAAAAUACGACACUUAUCUGUUUUCAGUCCAGACGUUUAGAACGAUGAGCGAAACACUUUGGAGAACAGUUUAGCUGGCCUUCAGCUACUCUAUAAAUACCCACAAUUAUCAGACAGCCUGAAUGGAACAUUGAAGUAGGUCCCCCAACUCUAGCUGAAAUCCAAAUGGCUAUAGCUAAUCUGAAACAAGGAAGAGCAGCUGGUCCAGAUGGAUUGGCUCCAGAGGUCUUUAAGUAUAGUGGUCCAAAUUUAGCGAUUAGGUUGACUAAUAUUUUAGCUAAAAUCUAGGAACUGAAUGUAAUCCCAUCUGACUGGUCACAAUCAUUGAUUGUCCCAGUAUAUAAGAAAUGGUUAAAAUCAUCCUGUGAUAACCAUAGAGGGAUUAGUUUGACUAAAAUAGCAUCUAAAAUACUAGCCUUAAUAAUUAUCGGGCUCCUAACAGACUCGUAAAGUGCAAACAGAAAAAAAUCGGGCUGGCUUCAGAUCUAGUCGUGGCUGCAUCGACCACAUAUUUACCAUUCGUCAGGUUCUAAAACACAGGCAUGCUUAUCGGCGUCCGACUUUACUUGAAAUCAGCAUUUGACUCUGUAGACCAACAGGUUCUGUGGCAGUGUCUGUCAUUGAAAGGCGUACCUCAGAAGUACAUAAACCUUGUAAAGGCUCUUUACUCGAACACUACCAGUAGAGUCUGAGCUUAUGGCGAACUAUCAUCUAAUUUUGCAACCUCAAGUGGUGUCCGUCAAGGCUGUCCACUUUCUCCAUUCUCGUUUAACUUCAUCAUAGACCUACUGAUGGAAAUAACGUUCUCGUCGACUGAAUUAUCGGGCAUUGAUCUCCUUCCAGCAGGGCCACUGAUCGACUUAGAGUACGCAGAUGACAUAGUCCUGUUUGGUGAAGACGUUGAUAAAAUGCAGAGUCUUUUGGUAGCACUGAGCAACAAUGUCAGGAUGUUUGGGAUGCGUUUCUCCCCCCUCCCUCUUAAUGCAAGUUGUUGUUUUAGGACCGGCCUGCGUCAACACCUGAACUAAGGAUAGGGAGUGAAGUAGUCGGACGCAUCGACAAAUUCACUUAUAAUGAAAGACUGAUCAGUGCUAAUGGGUUGGUGUCUGACGAAAUCUCCGCAUGGAUUCAUUAAGAUCGUUUAGCUUUUACCAACUUACGUCAACUAAAGUGAAGGAAAGAUAUCUGUCCAUCGAUAAAAGGGCGAGUAUGCUACUCAGCAGUUUGUUCUGUUCUACUUUACGGCUGCGAAUCGUAGCCAUUAAGAGUAAGAGAUACUCGUAAGUUACUAGUGUUUGAUCACAGAUGUCUUAGAAAUAUUGCUUGCAUCUACUGGGAUCACCGGGUAAGUUAUGGUGAGGUUAGACAUAGGGUAUUAGGGGAUGGUGGGAAAUCAGUUAAUGAGGUUGUAAAUCUUUAUCGACUGAGAUGGUUGAGCCACGUGUUACGUAUGCCUGAACACCGAUUACCACGACAUGUAAUGCUGACUAGUGUUGGAGACGUUUGGAAGAAAGUUAGGGUUGGACAAACCAAAACGUAGCACCAGUCCUUGAAGUCACUGACUUCUAGUCUGAGCCAUGUUGGUAGAUGCAGACUACUUGGUUGGGGUCCUCGUGACAAUCGUAACAAAUGGUUUGAGACUCUGAGUAACAUGGCUCAGAAUCGAUCACAAUGGCGUCAGUGUAUACACUCUUUGUCCUCCCUUAAACCGUAAGACUAAAAUCGCUCUAUAUCUUUUAUUGCAUCAACUAGUUCUUUCUUCCUAUACUAUAUCCUUAUACACAAUCUUUCUUUUAUACAUUACUGCCAUUGAAGUGACUAUUUCUAUGAGUUUGCUGUUCAUCUUGUGCUAAUGAGGUAUGGUAACUUAGACCGAUACAUAUAUGUGCCUGGUCCUACGUUGUAGUUGACUGACGGACUCAUAAGAGAGAUUGGAGUGUCCAGAAGCCUGUACGAGGGUAGAGUGCCAGGGCUACCUGCAUUUGAAAUACCUAACACCAGUAUACCUUGAACUCACAGAGAUAGACUGUAAGCGUUGAUAGUUUAAUAUGCAUGCCCCACUUGAUUUGCUAUUGAAUUAGUGAUAACAUAGUUGUAGGACCAGUUAAAUAGUGACACGUUGGAUUUUACUAGCUAGUAACAACCUUGUGACAUUUGAUAUGACUUGUUGGAGUUCAAUCGAAAAGAAAAAUUUGUGAACGUGGGUAUGUAAGUUGAGAAACCAGUCAGAGCAGAUAGCAGUCUAAAGCUGUUUGAAAUCCUCGUAAUACAUGUUGUAGUCUUUAGUUGAUGACCAUUUGUUUUAAUUUCAUUGUGUGCAAAUCUGUUUUUUCGCUGCCGAACUUGUUUUCUGCAUUAUUUUCCUUAAUUUAUUUGUAAGACUGAGUAGUAAUGUUUUAUUGCCGGUAAAUGCUUCUAAACGGAAGACUAGUAGCUUCUUCGUACUGAACUGGGUGGUGCAGUCUUUUUCAUACUGUCUAGUGAUCGAUAUAAAUUUUUAUCCAUCAGCUUUCUGGUUAUUUUUGAUCGUAUAUAUAUAUAUAUAUAAUUUCUAUUUAGGCAUAAUUAAUUUAAUUAAAUGAAUCCGGCGGAGCUUGAAUUUCUUUCAGAAGAGGAAGGAUUGACCAUAGUACCUAAGUUUAAACUUGAUGCUAUUAAGCUGCUCAAUACUACUAUUGGUCCUUUUUUCCCAAAUGUGCCAACUGUUGUCCCUCUUUGGGUUGCUCUUUUUCUGAGAGGGCAGCAAAAGUGUCGUAUUAUGCCACCAGCGUGGUUAACGUUAGAGAAGUUAAAUGAGUGUAAAGAAGCUGAAGAGAACGACUCUGGUUGUACUUCUCCUCCUCAUUCUCAAUAUAUUGAAAUUAGUACACUUCUUCUUCAACACGCGGCUGAAGAUAUACCGAAUCCUGAAAGUAUUCGCAACAUUGUUCGUGAUGUAUGGGAUAUUCGUGUUGGGAAAUUGUUAUCGUCUGUUAAUGGUUUCCUCUCUAGUGGAUCGUCGACAGCACGAAAUUGCAUGAAGCUGAGAAAGUCCUUAUACGUUUUCUGAUACGCAACUCACGGUUUCCGACAGCGGCUCAAACCUUCCUAUUAAUCAUGUCCAUGCCAGUGAACAACUUAGCGAGUUUCUGAAUAUGAAAGAUUAUGUGUAGAAAAAAUUUACAAGUUGACGACAACUAUUUAUAUUGACUACUGCCACAUUCCUUCAUUUAAUGAAUUAUUUAAUUAUAAAUAUAACAACUAU